GGGACAGCAGUUGCAGAGCCAUCACAGACUCACAGGGAGGGCACAGUCUGUGACCAAGGCUGCUGCAGCCCUCCCAGGCACCCGGCUCAAGGAUGAGACUCACGCUCUCUGCUGUGCUGUCCUUCGGGAUAGUGGCUCUGUGUUUGGCUGCUCCCAACAAGCCAAUCGUCAGAUGGUGCACGAUAUCCUCCGCAGAGGAGAGCAAAUGCCACAGCCUGAGGGACCACAUGCAGCAGGAGAACGUUGCCCUGGCCUGCCUGCAGAAAGCCUCGUACCUCGACUGCAUCAAAGCCAUUUCGAACAAUGAAGCAGAUGCCAUUAGCUUGGAUGGUGGUCAAAUCUUUGAGGCAGGCCUUGCCCCCUACAAGCUGAAGCCUGUUGUUGCUGAGGUCUACGACCAAAGUGGAGGUUCUACCGUCAGCUACUACGCCGUGGCCGUGGUGAGGAAGGGAACGGACUUCACCAUAAACGAGCUGCAGGGCAAGACCUCGUGCCACACGGGGCUGGGCAGGUCUGCAGGCUGGAACAUCCCCAUCGGGGUGCUCCUGGAGCGGGGAGACAUCAAAUGGGACGGCAAAGACUCAGGCUCCAUCGAGCAAGCCGUGGCCAAUUUCUUCUCUGCCAGCUGCGUGCCCGGGGCCACCACCGAGCAGAAGCUGUGCCGCCAGUGCAAAGGGGACUCCAAAACCAAAUGCUCCCGCACAGGACCUUACUCUGGAUACUCUGGAGCAUUUCAGUGUCUGAGAGAUGGCAAAGGAGACGUGGCUUUUGUGAAGCACACAACUGUUCAAGAAAACGCUGCAGAGAAGGAUGAGUACGAGCUGCUGUGCCUGGACGGCUCCCGGCAGCCCGUGGACAACUACAGGACCUGUCACUGGGCCCGGGUGCCCGCGCACGCCGUCGUGGCUCGGGACGAUGACAAGGUUGAGGACAUCUGGAACUUCCUCUCAAAAGCACAGGAAAAGUUUGGCGUGGGCACGAGCGGCAGCUUCCAGCUCUUUGGGCAACCUGGCAAGAAGGACCCAGGCCUCAAAGACUUGCUUUUCAAAGACUCUGCUGUACAGCUGAAGCGUAUCCCAGCACUGAUGGACUCCCAGCUCUACCUGGGCUUUGAGUAUUACACUGCCAUCCAGAGCCUUCAGAAGGACCAGCUGAACCCCAACCGCAGAGAGAACAAGACACGGUGGUGUGCGGUGGGCAAGGAUGAGAAGAGCAAGUGUGACCUCUGGAGCGUGGUGAGCAAGGGAGAGGUGGAGUGCACCGUGGCAGACACCCCCAGGGACUGCAUCGUCAGGAUCAUGAAAGGGGAGGCAGAUGCCAUCAGCUUGGACGGAGGCUUUGUCUACACUGCUGGUGUCUGUGGCUUGGUGCCAGUGAUGGGAGAGAACUAUGAGGAUGAGAGUCAAUGCAAGAAAGCCAAAGCAGAACCAGCCUCCUACUUCGCUGUGGCUGUUGUGAAGAAAUCUGACGACAGCAUCAACUGGAACAACCUGCAGGGGAAGAAGUCUUGUCACACAGCUGUGGGCAGGACUGCUGGCUGGAACAUCCCCAUGGGCCUGAUCCACAACAGGACUGGCAGCUGCAACUUUGAUGAGUACUUCAGUGAGGGCUGUGCCCCCGGCUCGGCCCGGGACUCCCGCCUCUGCCGCCUCUGCAAGGGCCCAGGGACCAGUAAGUGCGUCGCCAGCAGCCACGAGAGGUACUACGGCUACACUGGAGCUUUCAGGUGUCUGGUAGAGGAGGGCGACGUGGCCUUUAUCAAGCAUUCAAUCGUGGAGGAAAACACUGAUGGGAAAAAUAAUGAAGACUGGGCUAGAAACCUGAGAAUGGACCAGUUUGAGCUGCUGUGCACGGAUGGGCGGCGGGCAAACGUCAUGGACUACAAGGAGUGCCACCUGGCCAAGGUCCCUACCCAUGGCGUGGUCACACGCCCUGAGAUGGCACAGAAGGUCCGUGAGCUGCUGGAGAGACAAGAGAAACGCUUUGGAGCAAGAGGAGUCGAGAAGGAGAGGUUCAAGAUGUUUGAGUCUCGGACCAAGGACCUGCUGUUUAAAGACUCCACCAAGUGUCUGGUGAAGCUCCAUGAUGGGAUGACAUACAGGGAGUUCCUUGGAGAGGAGUACUAUGCUUCAGUUGCCAGCCUCAACACCUGCAACCCGUCAGAUCUCCUCCAAGUGUGCACCUUCCUCGAGGACAAGCAGGUGGCUGUUGCCCCGCCCCGGAGGCGGAAGCGGGAGGCGGCGGCGGGCGGAAGGCGACGUGUGCGCGGGGCCGCGGCCAUGGCGGGGCUGGAGCCGCACCUCGAGGCGCUGCGCCGGGAGCUGCGCCAUGCCGACCCCGCCGUGCUGUCCGUGCUGCUGGCCCUGCUCGCCGUCGCCCUCACGCUGCUGCUCUGGAGGCUGCUGCAGGGCCGGCGGAGCAGCCGCAGGGCCGUGCUGCUGCUGGGGCUGUGCGACGCGGGCAAGACGCUGCUGUUCGCGCGGCUGCUGACGGGCAGGUACCGCGACACCCAGACGUCCAUAACCGACAGCUCGGCCGUGUACAGGGUGGGCAGCAGCAAGGGUGCUAACGUGACCUUAAUCGACCUUCCAGGCCACGAGAGUCUGCGGCUCCAGUUCUUGGAGAGGUUCAAAGCUGCAGCCAGAGCCAUAGUGUUUGUGGUGGACAGCGUGGCCUUCCAGCGGGAGGUGAAGGACGUGGCCGAGUUCCUGUUCCAGGUGCUGGCAGACAGCACCGUGCUGAGGAACGCGCCCGCGCUGCUCAUCGCCUGCAACAAACAAGAUGUCACGAUGGCAAAAUCAGCAAAACUUAUUCAGCAGCAGCUGGAGAAAGAGCUCAACACCCUGCGUGUGACCCGCUCUGCAGCCCCCAGCAGCCUGGAUGGCUCUGGCAGCGGGGGCCCUGCCCAGCUGGGGAAGAAGGGCAGGGACUUUGACUUCUCCCAGCUCCCCAUGAAGGUGGAAUUCGUGGAGUGCAGUGCCCGGGGCAGCAAGGGAGAGGAAGGAGAUGCUGACUUCGAGGGCCUGGAGAAAUGGCUGGCCAGGAUUGCCUGAGGGAGAAGGGCAGGGCUGGGGGGGGAGAGAGCUGGGCAAGGACACCUGGGGCUGAGAGGAGAAGAUGGUCUGGAGCACUCCAAUCCCAUAUUGCUGUAGGAGAAAGAAACUUAAGCUGGGAAUCAGCAUUGUGGCCUCUUCCUCUGCUGCUCGUGGGCUUGGGAGCAACAUGACACACGUGUUGGUGUGAUUUUCUCUGA